AUGGCACGAAUGGGCUUUAUCAUCUUGCUGAUGAGUAGCACUGCCUCGGUCUCCACACAGUUUAACGGAUUCAACUGUGAUGCCAACUACCACAGCAGGUUUCCCGCUGAGCGGGACAUCAGCGUUUACUGCGGGGUUCAAACCAUCACCUUGAAGAUCAAUUUCUGCCCGGUGCUCUUCUCUGGUUACACAGUAGCAGACUUGGCCUUAAAUGGCCAUCACAGUGAUGCUCAGUGUCGUGGCUUCAUCAACAACAACACCUUUCCCACAGUGGUCCUUUUCAGCAUCAGUCUCAGCACCUUGGAGGCCUGUGGUAACAGUCUGGUGGUCAGCACAGCUUAUGGGGCCAACGCCUAUGGGAACAUGUCUCUGGUACAGAUUGGGAAUAUCUCCGGCUAUAUUGACACCCCUGAUCCACCGACUAUAAUCAGCUAUUUGCCUGGUUUGUUGUAUAAAUUCAGCUGCAGCUACCCCCUGGAAUACCUGGUCAAUAACUCACAGCUGGCAUCCUCCUCUGCUGCUGUGUCAGUCAAGGACAGCAACGGUACAUUUGUUAGCACGCUGAGUAUGAUCUUGUACAAUGAUUCUACAUACAAUCAGCCUCUGUCUAUCCCGAUGGCUGGACUGGCUCUGAAAACCAGAGUAUUUGCGGCUGUGAAAGCAACAAACUUAGACAAACGAUGGAAUAUCUUGAUGGACUACUGUUACACAACCCCCUCAGGGAAUCCUAAUGAUGAACUCCGCUAUGACCUUUUCUUUGGCUGCUAUAAAGACCCACAAACAACGGUUUUUGAGAAUGGGAAGAGUCAGAUGGGCCGGUUUUCCUUUGAGGUUUUUCGAUUUGUGAAACACAGACACCAGAAGAUGUCGACUGUGUUUUUGCACUGCGUCACCAAGCUUUGCCGGGCAGACGACUGCAUCAUGCUCAUGCCAAUUUGUGGGCGACGGCGCAGGCGUGAUGGAGACCAGAACCUUGAUGCUCCACCUGUGGCAUCUGCCAACGCCGUUAUCACUGCUGGUCCAAUCAUCACCAGGAGUGAUGAAACUCCUGUCAACAACUCCCAGCUAGCACCCGCUCAUCCCUCCCAGCCAAUGAACCCUGUGACCAGCGCUCUGAUCUCAGGGGUGAUCAUCCUGGGGGCGGUCAGCAUGGGUUUCUUCCUGCUGUCGCUCCGUCUCCUGCAGAAGUCCCGCUUGCCAACAACUACUGACUCAGGUGUUUGGAACCCGAGCUUUAAGUGA